UAUACCAUCACCAAAACAGCAGAGUAACGUGAAGGAUAAAACUCUACGGACAUGCUAUCUUUCAUAAGCAUCAUUGCUUAUAUACUAGUCCCUUCUCUAAGAAUUUCGACGGCAGUUGAUUCCAUUGUUGUAUCCCAUAGCAUCUCGGAUGGCAUGACCUUAGUUUCUCAAGAAGGAACCUUUGAACUUGGAUUCUUCAGUCCUGGAAGCUCCAACAAACGUUAUUUGGGAAUAUGGUACAAGAAGAUUCCAAUUAGAACCGUUGUUUGGGUAGCGAACCGCCAAACCUCAAUCAAUGGCACUUCUGGUAUCCUAAUCCUAAACAAUACAGGCAGUCUUGUCCUCAGCCAAAAUGGCACAGUGGUCUGGUGUACAGCACCUCAAGAACAUGCAAAGAAACCAGUGGCCCAGCUCCUUGAUUCUGGCAAUCUUGUGGUGCAAGAUGAGGAAGAUGCAAACCAAGAAGCCUAUUUAUGGCAAAGCUUUGAUUACCCAUCUGAUACAAUGUUGCCAGGUAUGAAGAUAGGGUGGGACCUCAGAGAUGGUCUGAAUAGACGUCUCACAGCAUGGAAGAGCCCAGAAGAUCCAUCUCCAGGAGAUUUUUCGUGGGGUAUAGAGAUCUAUAAUUAUCCUGAAUCAGUUAUGUACAAGGGAAUUGAGAAGUACUACAGACCUGGACCAUGGAAUGGCCUGUAUCCAAGUGGCACACCAGAACUAAAGCCUAACUCUUUGUUUGAUUUCAACUUUGUCUUUGAUCAGGAUGAGGUCUACUACACAUACACUCUCAGAACUAACUCUUUGGUUUCAAUAUUAGUUAUGAACCAGACCAGUUAUGUUCGUCAUCGCUAUGUGUGGGUGGAAACAGAUCAAAACUGGAAGAUUUAUGCAUCACGUCCAGGAGAUUACUGUGACACCUUUGGCCUAUGUGGAGCAAACGGGAAUUGUAUCACCACUGAUUCUCCAGUAUGCCAAUGUUUAAGAGGGUUCAGGCCUAAGUCACCAGCAACAUGGAUUUUAAUGGACUGGUCUCAAGGGUGUGUUCGCAAGAAACCCUUAAGCUGCAAGUCCAAACGAAAGGAUGGAUUUCUCAAAGUGAGUGGCUUGAAACUUCCAGAUACUUCACAUACUUGGUUAGAUCAGACUAUUGGGCUAGAGAAAUGCAGGACCAAGUGCUUAAAUAACUGUUCUUGCAUGGCCUAUACAAAUUCAGAUAUUAGAGGGAAAGGAAGUGGAUGUGCCAUAUGGUUUGGUGACCUAAUUGAUAUUAGACAAAUGCCUGUAGGUGGGCAGGAUCUAUAUAUACGAAUGGACGCUUCGGAAUUAACUGAAGAGGCAGAACAAGGUCAUAAGAAGUUAACAAAGACAAUUAUUGCCAGCAUUGCCGUUGCAAGUUCGGGGAUGCUCAUACUCGUGUGCUUUUACAUCCACAAAGUCUGCAAAAACAAUAAUGAUGAAGUUAAAAAUGUGCAUGAGGAUGAGAACAAUGAAAAACAUUCUGGAGAUCUGGAUCUCCCAUUGCUUGACUUAUCAACUAUUGUCAAUGCCACUGGUAACUUCUCUAUUAACAACAAAAUAGGAGAAGGUGGUUUUGGACUUGUAUAUCGGGGAAAAUUGGUAAAUGGGCAAGAAAUUGCAGUGAAGAGGCUUUCAAAAAGUUCAGGACAAGGAAUGACUGAACUCAAGAAUGAAGUAAAACUGGUCGCAAAACUUCAGCACCGGAAUCUUGUAAAGCUUCUAGGAUGUUGCAUUGAAGGAGAAGAACAAAUGCUGGUCUAUGAAUACAUGUCCAAUAGCAGCCUAGACUCCUUCAUUUUUGAUGAAACAAAAGGCAAAGUUCUGGAUUGGUCUAAACGCUACCACAUUAUUUGUGGCAUUGCUCGAGGCCUUUUAUAUCUUCAUCAAGACUCUAGAUUGAGAAUCGUUCAUAGGGAUCUCAAGGCAAGUAAUGUGUUACUUGAUGACAUGUUGAACCCAAAGAUAUCUGAUUUUGGAAUGGCAAGAACUUUUGGUGGGGACCAAACUGAAGGAAGCACAAAUCGAGUAGUAGGGACCUAUGGCUACAUGGCACCAGAAUAUGCUAUUGAUGGGGUAUUUUCAAUAAAAUCUGAUGUCUUCAGCUUUGGUAUCUUGCUGCUGGAGAUAAUAUCCGGAAAGAGAAAUAGAGGAUUUUAUCAUGCAAACCACAGCCAAAACCUUAUCGGUCAUGCAUGGAGAAAAUGGAAAGAAGGCAAUGUUUUGGAACUGAUUGACAAGAACAUUGAGGGAUCAUGCAUUGCAUCAGAAGUGGUAAGAUGUGUCCAUAUUAGCCUAUUAUGUGUGGAAGAGCAUGCAGAGGAUAGGCCAAGCAUGUCCUCAGUGGUUCUAAUGCUGCCAAGUGAAAUGGAGUUGCCUAAGCCUAAACAACCAGGUUUCUAUUUGACCAAGUUUUCAAUGCAAGCAAAUUCUUCCCAACCAGAAUUUGGAACAUCCAAUGAGAUAACCAUUACCCAAUUAAUUGCUCGAUGAAUCAUUCUUAGCUAGUUUUUUUUUUUUUUUUAAUAGUUAUUGAAAGGAACAAUAUACGAAACCAUACAAUUUUAAUAUGUACACAGUACACAAAUACCUUCCGUAUUAAGAAUUAGUUUUGGCCAGCAGUUGGAAGACGAUAUCAUCAUCAAACAUGAACAAUUGUUCUGGUAAAGAGAGGUUAAACUGAGGUUGACUGGAUUAUAGCUUAUGAUUUAGUCAUUGAACAAUCUCAGCACUCUCAAGUUCCCUCUCUCUUUUUUUUGCCUUUUGAAAGAACUUGUAUCUAAAUGUCUCUGGUUUGAAGAUUUGACCUGAAAAUGCUGUCGUA